GCUGAUGGUUAGUUAGUCUUUGAUCGCUUCUGGCCUCGUGUGCUCGCCUCUCACGAGUGGCCUUCAUGAGUACUCGUGAGUUACUCAACAAACUGGAGACAGGAAGAAAAUGUUGAUUUGUCUGUCAGGCUUCGUGAUAUCACCUCCCGUCAGUUCCCCGGUGAAGGUUGAUCGUGGGUACUGUGGCAAGGGUCCCCCAGGGCGAGGCCUAGGGCCAGGUAUAACAAAAUCCUACAGUGUUGAGAGUUCUGUUCCACCCAUACCUCCACACCUUCACCAUGGCCACCACCAUCACCACCAUAAUGGCAGUCACAGUAUGCGACGACCACAGUUACAGCAAGUGGUGUCUCAGAGUAGCUGUGUGGGUACAGGAGGUCGGCGGCAGGUCCCCCGCGGGUCUACAGCAGAUGACAGUGGUAAUCGCAACAGCCGUUGGCGGGGCAGUGGUGCCCAGGGUAAUGUCCAAGGAUAUGAAUUAUCACAAGAUUUCGCCGACAUGCGACUUGAGAUGUUGGAGCGCAGGUAUGGAGGUGUGGUAGCUCGUCGCGCGGCCAUCACUAUACAGCGAGCGUACCGUCGCUAUGCUAUGUACAAGAAGUUCCGUUCUAUCACAGCCACAGCCAAGGCCCAGGAGAAGCGUCUGUCACGCAGGUUCACAGUUGAUGUCCCUGACUACCACGACACCGAGCAUCUGAUUCGUUCAGAAUUUGAUCAGCUGCAAAGAAAUUUGAGUGCAACAGUGUAUGGUGAAGGCAGACGACCAGCUUGCUUACUGUCAAUGAGAGACUCCCCUCGCACCACAGUCACUAUCACAACCACCUCCUCCUCCCCCUCCAUGAGGCAGCCAGAUCCCUAUGAUCUACAUGAUACCCUGGCCUCCAUGAAUGACAGUUCCCUCUACUGUCAUGUGUCUGCCCAGUCUCCCCUCACACCCACCUCGAUGCCCACACCGGCACCCACACAUGUCAGGAACGGCUCUGGGGAUUACCAAGGACAGCAGAAUGACAGAGACCUCAAGUACUUCUCCUCAGAGGACAGUGGCCUGGGAAGUCAGGAUGGCACAUGCUUGAAUCGCAUUGGGGUGAGUGGCCAAAGACGUACUGUACGAGGCCCGGGUGGCAAGAAAAUUCCUCCGGAGGUACCACGUCGCACAUCUUCUAUUAAGUCUUGCGAGAGUAGUGGAAGUAAUGACAGAGUCCAGUGCCAUAUCCCAUCCCUAACACCUCCAUCCUCAACUCCUUCGUCACUCACUUCGGAGGGAGGUCAAAGUGACAGAGGACCACUCACAAGGUCUGUGGAUAAUGGAUCCUUAUCCAGUGUACAGUCCUCGGGGUCAGACUCCUCACUCUCUCAGUCUGCCUCAGAUCGUGCUACUCCUCUAUCUACCCAUGACCAAAUGGAUAACACAGAUUACCAUCCCACAUCACCAAUAUGGAAACGCAAAAAUCAACAGAUGAGCACAAGUGACGUCAUCUGCGACGAUAAGCGGUUGAGCCAGAUCAGCGAAAACUCAGAAGAUUCCCUGCAGUCCCAUUCCUCUGAGGGAAUGACCUAUUCCCAAACCAUUCCCUCACAGACCCCACACUCAGCACGCUACGCCCAUGCUCACUACACCCACACUCCUCACAUGCCCAAGGUACCAGAGGUUGUAAGAAAGAGACAGUAUCGAGUAGGUCUCAACUUAUUUAACAAAAAACCAGAACGAGGUGUGACGUACCUAAUAGGUCGUGGAUUCCUUGUAAAUUCUCCUCAAGCAGUAGCGAAAUUCCUUCUAACUCGGAAGGGUCUGAGUAAACAAAUGAUUAGAGAAUAUCUUGGCAAUCUUCAGAACAACUUUAACAUGGCUGUUCUUGAGUGUUUUGCUCAUGAUAUUGAUUUAUCUGGAAUGCAAGUGGAUGUUGCACUUAGAAAGUUCCAGACACAUUUCCGUAUGCCUGGGGAAGCUCAGAAAAUUGAGCGCCUCAUGCAGGUGUUUGCUCAACGAUACUGUCAGUGUAAUAGGGAUAUUGUAGCUAAACUAAGAGAUCCUGAAACUAUUUUUGUUUUGGCAUUUGCCAUCAUUAUGUUGAACACAGAUCUUCACACUGCAUCCAUGAAGCAAGAAAAAAGAAUGAAACUUGAAGACUUUGUUAAGAAUUUAAGAGGCAUUGAUGAUGGUUAUGACAUUGAACGUGAGAUGUUGGAGGGAAUGUAUCAGCGUAUCAAGGCACAAGAGUUUCGACCAGGUCAUGAUCACGUUACUCAAGUUUUAAAGGUGCAACAGACUAUGGUAGGCAAAAAGCCAAAUUUGGCUCUACCUCAUCGUCGACUUGUAUGUUACUGUCGACUGUAUGAGAUUCCUGAUAUAACCAAGAAGGAGAGGGUUGGAGUUCACCAGCGAGAAGUCUUCCUUUUCAAUGACCUUCUGGUUGUAACCAAGAUUUUCUCAAAGAAGAAAAGUUCUGUAACUUACACAUUUAGGCAGAGUUUUCCUCUAGCUGGUCUUGCAGUUUCCACUAAGGAAGUGCCACAUUACCCUUAUUUAAUGGAAAUUCGACACCGUGUGGAUAAUAAGGUAUUAAUAAUUUUUAAUGCCCGCAAUGAACACGAUCGCACCAAAUUUUGUGAAGACUUAAAGGAAAGUGUGUGUGAAAUGGACGAGAUGGAAUCUCUGAGAAUUGAAGGAGAACUGGAGAGACAGAAGGCUUCACUGCGAACAUCUAGACCAAGUUCUACAGCUGAGAACAGAGACUCUGGAGUAGCUGAUAUGGAAUUGCUAACAACUAGUGAGAAGAAUGGAACUCUUAAACCUGAUUCUACUUUAAAGAGAUCAGCUCUUAGCAAUUCCCUACUGGAUAUCCAUGAAGCUGAGGGUGUUGGGCAGACAGUGCGUCGGGGCAGUGUGGGCUCGCUCGACUCUGGCAUGUCUGUGUCCUUCCAGUCCACUAGUGCCUCCAAUGAUACUUCUCCUGCGAAUGGUCCUUCUGGGGGUGUUCAACCCUUCGUGUCUAGUGCCUCCCAUGGAGACCUCCAGCAUCAUCUACAACGACGUACAGUGACGCCUAAUUCUUCCUUCCUUGGUCAAUUGUUUCGUCCACGUAGAAUCUCUCGAACUGAACUGAGUACAGCUGGAGUGGAGGUGUGACAGUUACACAAGCAACCUCAUUUUUUCAUCUUCCACACAAGGAAUAGAUGAUUUUGGGCAAAGUCAGGUUGUAUUUAGCCAUAUUCUAGUCUUUCAAGUGUGUACACAAUGCAUUCCAAAUGGAUCAGAGUGAAGAUGAAGCUGCCCAGACCAUCUGUUCUGUAACUAGCCCUGCGUACCUCAUACCAUGUAUGUGUGCAAAGGCAUUGGUACUUAUGUAAGUAGUAGCAAAGGUUAAAACCAAACAAAUUAUACAGUGCCAUUUAGUCAGAUGUAGUCACAUAUAAUCUUGUGUAAAAUAUGAUGUAUAUAAGUCAUGUUGAAAUAAUGUAUAAUAUAUACCUAAUCCCAGUUAAUGAAUAUAACUCAGAAAUGAGACUUCUUGUCUACAGGCAUUUUAGCAUAGCAACUGCUAGUCUAAAGAUAUCAGGAUUUCAAAGAUAUCCAGAAGAUAGGUAUAAUUUUAUUCAGUGUAAUGUGUGCACAACAGUUAAUACAAAUAGCAAGGUACAGUUUAGUUUAAUAUAAACUGUAUACUUCCCUGUGGAAUUGACCUCUAGUCAGCACACAGAUCAUUCUGUCAUAUAUAUAUAUCUGAUGCUUCUAGGCAGAUUGUUGACCUGGCUUAAUUUUGUGCAGUGUACCAGAUACUGAUAUUACCAUAAAACAAACACUUAUAACUUUGUACAUAGGGGAUAUAUUGUUAUAAUUUUGUCAGCUUGAUAAUACAGGCUGUCUUUCUAUGACAAAUAAAGAUUAUGAUGACAA